CUGAAUUUUCUACGACUGUUCACUGAUUGUAAUCACCAUACAACCAACUUAUGUUUACACAUUUUCUGAAGUUUGGUUACUUUCACUUUGUUGCCAGUCGCUUAUAUACAUGAAAACUAUAAACAAAUACAAAAAGUUAUUGGUGAAUAAUGAUUUAAUUUGUGAAUUUGCUUGCUUUGCAUUUUAUUUAGAACAUAUAUUUCAUGUUUUAUCUACCUUAAUAAAUAUCAAUGUCUCUAUCAUUUAGCUUAUUUACAAUGUUGUGAGCAUUUUUCAAGAUGGCAGCCUCCAUGCGAAGGUGGAUUUUGAUCCCUGCUCUCAUUAUAAUUUUACUGUUUAUUUUCAAUCGAUGGGGUGUCAAUCAAAUGUUGGAUGAUCGAUGGCGAUCAAAAGUUAUGAGAUUCCAAAUUUCUUGUGUAAAUCAAACGUUUGCUAUUUUUAUGGCGUUAUUCAACUGGUUCAACCUGGCCUCAUUGUUUGACACAUCCAAUGUCAAUGCCAGAACUGGAGAUGAAAUAAAACAAAACCGCUUUAAGUUACAUUUUGAGAUUCAGUGGAGGGAAAUAGCUAAUUGGAAACAGUAUUCAGUGAAAUCAGCACUUUGGAGAGGAUUUCUAAUGACUGUUUUGAUAUUAUCACAAUUUGUCUAUACUUCAUUUUCUUUCCUUAUAUCAUCAAACCCAUAUGUUUUAACAUAUAUAUUCUUUCUUUGUCUGGCAUUGUCCAUACAAUUGUUUGCUGCUCUAGUCGUUUAUCAUACGAUAAAUUCUUUAUAUAAAUUAGCUACAAGGAAGUCAUCACAUCUUCGUAGACCAUCAAGAUUUCCUAAGAUAGCUAUAGUGUUAUAUGCCCUGUGUAUUAUUAUGGUUGGAUUCAACAACACAUUUAAAUUACCAGAAAUUAAGAAGGUGAACAUUCCAAUCAAAGAACUACCUAGACAUUUAGAUAAAAUGACAAUAACUUUUGUAAGUGAUAUUCACUUAGGACCAACAGUUGGGCAGCGAAGUCUGGAACAGGUUGUUCACAUGAUCAAUUAUUUACAGUCAGGUAAAAUACAGCUCUUGAUUAUUACACACGUAUACAAUUUAUAUGCACAGCUAACCCAUUAUAAUGCUAACUUCAUAAAAAUGCUCAUGGGAAAUCAUGAAUACUACACAACUGAUGCCCAGAACUGGCUUGAAAAACUAGAAUCCCUGGGUGUGAAGGUAUUACACAAUUCUAAUGUAAUUUUAAAUGGUAAAGGAGAUACAGGGAUAUGUCUAGCAGGGGUUGAUGAUCCAACAGCUGAUGCAUUUAGAUAUAUGGAUCAUACAAUGGACAUAGAUGGCGCUUUACAGUCAUGUGAUAAAAGCAGUCCUGUGAUACUGGUGGCUCAUCAACCAAAGGCAGCUAGAGCAGCACUUCAAUCAAACUACAGGCUGGAUCUUGUGCUCUCGGGACAUACACAUGGUGGACAAAUGUUUCCAUUAACUAUAGGAGCCUACUUGAUGAAUCCAUUUUAUGCAGGACUUUACAAGUAUAGAGAAAAUAGCCAUGUUUAUGUUUCCAUGGGAACCAUGUACUGGGGAAUACCAGUUCGCUUUGGAACCAAUAAAGAAAUCACCAAAAUAACACUUGUGACCAAAGAUUAAAUUUAUUACUUGUAUCUUAGUCAAACAGACUCUGGGAGUUCACUAGAGUUUUUCAAACCAAAGAUUUUAAAUGUUUUUUUGUUUUUUUUUAUAAAAACACAACAAGUAGGAAAGACUUCAAGUAUAUUAAUCAAAUGUUUAUAUAAUUGUUGUUGAAACAAUUAUAUGUUUUGUAAUGAAUGAGAAGAAGGAUGAUUAGUGCAAUAUGAUUUUAUUAGCCAUUGCUAAAAAUAUAAAACAAUACUGAAAUACUGGUAUAUCAUGCAAAAUAUAAGAUGAAUGAACUGUUUUUACCUGUAACCUGCUGUAACCAAAAGUGAUUACGAGAGGUGCCCAACUUAUUUUUGAACAAAAAUAAAACUGUAACCAAUUCUAAGGAAACACUCAUUUAUUGUAGUAAAUAUCCAAUAUGAAAUCCAUGACAGUUGUAAAUCAUCCUACAAUGCUUUGGACACGAUUUUAAAGUCUUUUUUAUAGUUUCUUGAAUGAGUUUGCGCCACUCGUCCUUCAGUGCCCUUUUUAGACUGACAAUCGUGUUUAUUUGCCGCUUCUGCAGCUGACUUUUUAGAACACCCCAGAUACCAAAGUCCAUCGGUGCAGCAUCAGGUGAUUUUGGCAUCCACUCCUCAGUGGUAAUAAAGUGAAAUUUGACGGUCUUUCAGAAAUGAAAGCGUUUUUUAGAUGUGUGACUAGAUGCACUGUCCUGGUUGAAUGUCAUUGAUUUUGCCCCACAGAAAAAAGUCUUGGAAAAUCUUUCUCCUAAAAUGGCUUUAGCACUUUGUUGAUAUAGUACUCAGAGUUCACCUUUGUACCUUUAUUGAUGAUCCGAAUCUCCGUUUCCCCUCUAGAAGACACACCAGUCCAUGCCAUGAAACUGCUGGCAAAAGCAUCGCGUUUGACAAACUUCAAUUUCUAACCAAGGACAUCCCCUUUUCUAAUAUAACAUACCUUUCUUCGCCCAUAACUUCCGCCUAAGUAAAACAUAGCCUCAUCCAAAGUGACAAAGUUUUUCCACUGGUUUCACUGUAACUUCAGAUAAAGCUUCCAAGAUCUGGCCCUGCGCGUCUUAAUUUGUGCCAUGUUAUGUUGAUGAACUUUGCACUUCUUUUAUCAUAAUUUUGCUUUCAGAAUUUUAUUUAUAAUGUUAUAGAUAGUUCUCUUUGUCGCUUAUUUUAGUACAUACCAAUUUUUCGAUCAAGUUUAAGUACAUGUAAAUGUAUACAUAGGUUAUAACAAAACCAAUAAUACACAACAGCCACAAUAAACUCGUGCAUGUGUCUUACAAUGCACAAAUUUCUUAUGUUCAAAAAUAAGUUGGGCACCUCUCGUAGCAUUGCCACCAGGGGAGAGUGAGGCCAGUCUGUCCAGAAAUGCAGUAUAAUUAGGCUCUUACACUGUUUGUUAAUUCAUGUUUUGAUAAUAAUUGAAGACCCUUACACUUGGAAUGGACUGUUCCAAUUUCAAAGCAGAGCAAAUCCAUUACAUAAAUUUGGCAGGUUAAGGAUUAAGGUUAUAUUAUACUAGAGGUGUUAUUGACAUGUCUGUGUCACCAGUAUUAUAAUGCUAGGGUAUCCUGUACACCUGUGAUAUCUUACCUGCUACUAUAAUGUUGACUGCUUAAAUUUUAUUGAUUUAUAUAAAAAUUGUCAAAGAUUGUUAUCAGUUGAGAAUUCAAAGCUUAAUCAGUCCAUUAUUAAUAUGUAACACUGUGAGGGUUAGUAUGUAAUAGUUCAGUCUAUUUGCUGUACAUAUAUUUGGAAAGUCUGAUCAAAGAUUUAGUGUGUUUAUAUAUGAGAAAAAAAAAAUAAUAGUGGUAUUUGUUUAAAGUCAGACCAAAGAUUCUAAGUAUUCAUUUAUGUAUAGGGAAAGAUUAAAUAAUAGAUGUAUUAAUGUCAACUGAGACCAAAGUUACUAUGUAUUCAUGUAUUAGUUUGAGGUAAUACCAAAGAUUUUAUUUAUCUAUAGGCCAGAAUACAUAUUAGUUUUCAGCUUUAAGGAAUUUGUGAUUUUUAGCCUGACUGUUUCUAAGAAAAAGUUAAAUUAAUAUUAUUAUUGAAACAUUUUCAAAGUUACUGACAUGAAACUUGCUUAUCAUUAUUUUGUUUUCUCAGUAUGACUUGUCUCCAUUUAUUUUAUUUAUACAUCAUAGAUUAUCAUUUUUUUUCUUAUUUGAUAGAGCGAGAGUGAAAUACAUUGAUUUAAUAUUUUGUUAAGUAUUUGUAUAUUUAAAGUGGAAAAGUUGGGUGAGUGUAUAUAAUGUUAUAGUAUGAUUUUUUAUAUUUAAAAUCUAAUGCUGAUCUCUAAUUGAUAUAAGUAUUCAAGUAGUAUAUGGGUCUCUUUAGCGCCAAACAAACAGGCAUCCUUUUGUUGAGCUAUUUUUUAUUUUUAGUAACAAGCGGCUAUAUUUGAACUGUUUAUAGUAAUUAAUUUACAUAUAAAAUAAGCAAGGCGUCGGCCUCGUCAUUUAGAAUGACAUCAUCGUGCUAGUUUAAGAAAAUACUUUCAUGUUAUUUUUUUCUCCGGCAAGUGAACAUCAGGUCCUCUGCCUUUCCUCAUUUUAAACUCAGAUAUCCAAGCCUCCAUCGGGACCAUCUCAUUGACUCAACCCCCCACGGGAGCUCCAGUAUAUGAUCAAAAAGAAGUCAGAGCUGACUUUACGCGAAAAUGCAACAUUGAACAGUACUCAUCCGGCGAAAUUGAUGAACAGCACUAAAAACUCUGAUUACAAGAUGUGAAGCACAGGCUGCAUCGCAUGUUUCACGAUGUUUUAGACCAAACCCGGGAUAAUUUAGCAGGAAACAACUUGGGCCAUAAUGCAUUACCAAGGAUUUCACGACCCCUUCAUAGUUCACCUCCAACCCUGAGACCUUUUGAUUGCUAACAAAAUAAUGGAAAGAAUUGAAAAAGUACUAAACAGCAAACCAAAACGUAUCUAUUGACAAAAGAGUUUACAUUUAAAUAGUCAUUAUUGACUUACUCAAAGGAAGCACCAGGCGGAGAAUCACAAAACUUAAAGGGAAAAAUAAUUCAUUAAAAUUGAAAACGCAUCUAAUGAUGAUUAAAAAAGAAGAUCAGUUAUGCAUGGCGAGAUCAGUCAAGGAUAGAUGGGCGAAAUUAAACAAAUGUACAUAUAUGUCCAAGAAAUAGAAAGAAGUAACUAAAAAACAUCAAAAGAAUUUUAAUCUACAACUUGUACUAGAAAACUUAACUACAAACAUUUUAAAAAUAACAGAAAGUCAAACAAAGACAAUUAGCGGCAGCAAUCAAGUCAAUUAGCCAGAGUACACUCGGAUCGUCUCACCAGUUUAAAUGAUGUAGAGGCAUUCAAAGAAGUGUUUGGAAUGUAUUAUGGUGGACAGCACCGGACUGGGUAACUUUUUCAUCACAAGCAGCAGAAGUGCCAAGUGUGUAAAUGUGUAUUUACUUCAAGGAUGAAUAACACUUUAACACCAUUUCCAUUAUUACAGGCUUUUUCUUCUGUAUUGUUAUGGAAAACAUUAACACAAAAAACAAACAGAAAGGUAAAAUUAGGCGGCACUCCCAGUGCUAAAAAUAUUUGGAGUGCCUUCAGUGUUAUAGAAUUAUUAGAACAGACAAAAGGGAGAAUGAAGGUCAUCCUUGUGGGGAAUAUCAGUGAACCUCUUGCAAGGGACAUUUGUGCUAUUUAAUAGCAACUGAAAAUUAUUUUUUUUUUAUUUCGAAUGUAGUUUGGAUGAUGUUUCGGUUUGAAAUGAAUAAACCUGGGAGGAAGAAUGGAUGUAAACAAGAUAUGUAAAUCUUAUUUUACAUGUAGCCACUGUAAAAUGUCUUGGUGCGGAAGAGCGACAAAUUGUCCCAAUUUCAUUAGAGCUCAUUCAGUCUGUCCAAAAUGUACCAAUAAACCAUUAAACCCCUAAUAUUUGUGCACAAUAUGGUACACGCUGCAACAAAUGUGAUAAGUCUGACUUGUACAACAACUGACGAUAGAGCGAGAUCUACAUAUCAAAGUGAUUAACAGUCUCAACUUUAUACCUAUGAAACUGUCCGCCCUCCCGAAAGCUUUUGGUCAGAAUGAAUUAAAAAAAGGGUGGUUUCCACAUUUCUUUAACACUAGAGAAAAUCAGAAUUUUGCAGGUCUCUCUCCGGAAACUAAAUACUACAGUCACAAUUUUAUGAGUGAAAAAGAGAGAGCCUUUUUGUGAAAAUGGUUGAAUAAGAGAAAUAGUGAAGUGUUUGAUUUUAGAAAAGAAACAUUAUUGUAGGAGUGAUGAGGAUAUUUUGAGGUAAGUGACUGUUUAAAAUUUAGAGAGUUGUUGAUGAGUACUACAGGUGAAAGAAAAGCAGUAGUGAAUGAAAAAGGAAAGAAAGAAAAAAUGUGAGUUGGAAAAUAAGAAGGUUGUGAUGUAUGGAUACCUUCAAAAUUUAUAGACAGAAAGCUUUAUUUGCAACACAGAAACAAAGGGAUAGGCAUAAGAGGAGAAAAUAUCUACACCUAGGAAAACAUGGUAACUGUUACUUAAGUUGCGUGACUUUGCAGUGUUUAGCAGGACCGGUUAUUUACAAAUCGAUCACAUGAACCAAAUGGGAGGCUUACAAUGUUUGGAGUGUAAUUCCAAUGAUUGUUAAAACUGGCAAAUUUUCAUGACAAGCCUGCUAUAAAUAGACAUCCAGUCAGAAUCAAAAUUUUACCUAUAUAACCAAUAAAACCCUGGCAUUUACAAAUUGAACUUCACUGACUGUUGAUCUUUCAAUAUGGAAUAUUACAAAAAUCUUUUAAAAACAUUUGACACUUAUCCUAAACAAAAUGUUAUCCAAUAACUAAGUUGGCUAGUUUGUUGUCUCGCGCCAUGGCUAAUGUUAAGUCUUAGUUGGCUGUUCCAUUCCUUAACUUGCAUGUAUCUCUGAAGUUGCAUCUAAUGCUUGCCAUGUUGUUUGAAUAGAUAAGGGACAAGAUUUCGCCAUCUUCUAUACUCCAACAGCUAGUCUAUUCUCAUCGUUGAAAAAUGCUCAAAUCAGAUUACUUGUUAAGAUUGUGGAUUGUUUGCUAUAUUAGAAUGAUGUCAGUCUAAAUAUAGAUGCUGCUGCCGUGCAUGUUUUGUAUGUAAAUUAGUUACUAUAAAUAGUAAACAAUAUGGCGGCUUGUUACUAAAUAUAGAAAGAAGAGCUGUUUCUUUGUUGCUUAAGAGACCCAUUUUGUACUACAGUAAAACUUGUCAUAUGUGACUUUCCAUGGGACCAUAUCAAAAAAGUCACAUAUGACAGGGAGUCUUUUAAUCCAGGUUCCCCCCAAAAAAAUCAGUUGUUUCAAAAUGCUAUUUUUACUUGUUUGUCUUUUCUUUGAUUGUGUUUUCUUUGUGUUACAUAUAUGUAAUGUUUAAAUAUGGUU